AUGUCUUCAAAGCCAUCUAAGAAGAAAAGCUCAUCUUCAUCUUCUGCUUCUGGUGCCGGUGAUGUAGCUCCCCAGAAGAAGAUCAAGAUUCCUAAGAACUUCAUUACCAGACCCAGUUCCAGUACCAAAGGAGAUGAUUCACGUAAGGUUUACAUCAACUCUCAGAUCCAAGAAGCUAUGGAGUUGCCUAAUGAUUCCAUAGUGUAUAUCGAUAAGGUGGAAACAAGUGAACCCGGAGUAUUGGCUACUGUAUAUGGCGAUGACAAUCUUCUAGACACCAAUGUAAUAACAAUUCCACAGUCCUUAAGACAAUUGGGUGGUAUUUUGUUAGGUGACCGAUUGCUGAUCGUCAAGGCUCCACAACCUGAAUAUGCUAAGUCUGUUUCCAUAUACUAUGAUGAUGAUAAUGACGAGUUUGAAUUGGAUCAGCCAAACAUACAAAAGCAAAUCCAGAAAUGUUUGCACAAUGUUGCCAUAAUCUCUCCAGGAUUAAGCUUUAAGAUCAAAUUGCAGGGUGCUACUUCAGAAACUAUCUUAACUAUAAUUGAUAUUAACGAAGAGGAUGAUAUUGACACCGUUGACCAAUCAUUGCAAGCAUUGUCAAUAAGCAAUGAAGAAAAUACUAAUGGUUCCAUUAUAUCAACUACUACCUCGAACUACAUAUUCACUACUAAUACUAAAAUCAUGAAAAGUAAACUAAAGGUACCGUCUUCUUCCAAAUAUCCCAAUAUCCCUCAUCCAAUGAACUAUGAUCAAGUAGGAGGUCUUACAAAGGAGAUUUCAUUGCUUAAAACUUCGGUAGAGCUCCCCCUUCACAAUCCUACACUAUUCUCUGAUUUUGGGAUUUCACCUCCUCGUGGGAUCCUUCUUCAUGGUCCACCAGGUACUGGGAAAACUUUACUUUUACGUUGUGUUGCAAAUCAGACCAAUGCGCAUGUUCUCACUGUCAGUGGACCUUCCAUUGUAUCCAAAUAUUUAGGUGAAACUGAACAGGCAAUUAGAGAUAUUUUCAUUGAGGCUCGUAAGUUCCAACCAUCGAUUAUCUUUAUGGACGAAAUAGAUAGUCUUGUUCCUAAUAGAAACAGUGAUGACAGUGGUGAAACCGAAUCUCGAGUGGUUGCUACUUUGUUGACUAUGAUGGAUGGAAUGGGUGAUAGUGGACGUAUUGUAGUCAUUGGGGCCACCAAUCGUCCCAAUUCAAUUGACCCAGCUUUAAGAAGACCGGGCAGAUUCGACCAAGAAGUUGAAAUUGGCAUACCCGAUGUUGACGCUAGAUGUGAUAUCUUAAAGAAACAAUUGGGUAAAAUGAAUCCUCUGAAAACUGAACUUAAUGAACAAGAUAUUGAAAUCAUUGCUUCCAAAACUCAUGGGUAUGUUGGUGCUGAUUUGACAGCGUUAUGUCGAGAAGCAGUUAUGAUUGCCAUUAAUAAAGGUUUGAAGUCUCAAAUACCGCAAUCAGAUAUUAAAGUUCAAUUGAAUAAUAUGGAGGAAGCUUUGAGUGAAAUAAGACCAUCGGCAAUGAGAGACAUUUUCUUGGAAAUGCCCAAGGUUUAUUGGUCAGACAUUGGAGGUCAAGAACAAUUGAAAAGAAAACUUGUUGAAGUCAUUCAACUUCCUCUCGAAGCUAAAGAUGCAUUUGCAAGACUUGGAAUAAAGGCUCCCAGAGGUGUUUUGCUCUAUGGACCUCCAGGUUGUUCCAAGACUUUAACUGCAAAGGCAUUGGCUACUGAAUCUGGCUUGAACUUUCUUGCUGUUAAAGGUCCUGAGAUAUUGAAUAAAUAUGUGGGUGAAUCUGAGAAAACUAUUCGAGAAAUCUUCCGUAAAGCCAAAGCAGCAUCACCUUCCAUUAUAUUUUUUGAUGAAAUUGAUGCUAUAUCAUCAAGCAGAGAUUCUGGUGAGUCGACAUCUUCUGCAGCUCAAAAUGUUUUAACUACUUUAUUGAAUGAACUCGAUGGUGUGGAAGAAUUAAAUGGUGUGAUUGUUGUGGCUGCGACAAAUAGACCAACAGAUAUUGAUGCUGCAUUAUUGAGACCAGGAAGACUUGAUAGACAUGUUUAUGUAAGUCCUCCCAAUUAUGAAGCUCGGUUGGAGAUUUUAAAUAAAAGAUGUCAAAAAUUCAAUUUGGAUGGAACGGUUGAUUUAUUAAAAAUUGCUAAAGAAACUGAAGGAUGUUCGGGAGCUGAAGUUGCAUUACUUUGUCAGGAAGCUGGACUAGCAGCUAUUAGAGAAAAUAAGGAAGCUAAACAAGUCUUACAAGAACAUUUUGAUCAAGCACUUUCUAGUAUUACCAAAAACAUCACUCAUGAAAUGCUUGAGUACUAUGAAGAGUUCAGUACCAAGAACAGAUUGAAAAUAUAA